AUGCACGACUCUGUCCUCCUCAAUGUCGAGCGCAACCAGAACUGCUACGGCCCGGGCGACCGCGUCUUUGUCACCGCCACAAUCCGUUCCGAGGCGCUACACACCGUCAUCCUCCGUGAAUUCGAGUUCACGCUCAAGGAGACGACGGUCUCCAACGUCGGCGUACAGGGCGGGCACCACAAGAAGGGACAGCCCCAAGUGAAGAUCAACAUCAUUGGCGAGCAGAAGAUCCCCGUCAAUGCAACGCUGUACGGCGGCAUGCACCAUCGAACGGAGCUCUCUGUGCCUAUUCCCGACUCGCACACAACUACGACGCUCAACUCGGCGAAGCAUGUCGAUGUCACGGUUGUGUCUCAAAAAGCCAUAUGGCGUGUCGGAUUUGCUCCUAGCCUCAGCGGAAUCCAGACAAAACCCGAGCAACCCACAUUUUCGCCCAGCCGCGGCGAUGGCUCUGCGUCCAGUAAUGGACAGAGUGGGACUGACGAGUUCGGCUCUAACACGAGCCCGCGACUCCGCGUUCCCGCCACUGCCCCUGCUCGCGGCUUUGGGGCUUCAGACCUUAGGCAGCGUGAUAGCGAGUUCAGCGCGCAAUCACACUCUGUUAUCCUGGCGGGUAGAAAUGGCCGUGCGUUCUCUAUUGCCAAUGCUAUGGAUGGGGAGAUUCCUGAGGAAGAAGAGGAUCGUCAGCUUCAGAUCUCGCCGCCGAGAGGUCCGAAUUGGCUUAGUCCGGAGGAUGGGAAAACGAACUUCUACGGACGCGCGAAGGCGAAGGUCGAUCGGGUUCAGUGCAGCAUUCACAAACCAGAUACUGCCGAUAGCGCGAAGUCGAAAUAA